CUUUUCAGUAUCGGGUAUUCCAUCCUCAUAAAAAAGAAAACUUUAAACCCAAUACCUGUUUUCUGUAGAAAUGCGAGCAGUUGCGAGCCAUCCGUUAAUCUCUAGAUUUCGGCCAUGCCUGACCUAUCAUCUUCUUCUUAGAACGAUUUCCGCACCUUCAACUUCUCAUCACUACACUACAGCGCCGACCCUCUCACAACCCUCUAAAGACCUGCAAAACCCUAACCCUCGGACUCUAACCCCGUCAGAAAAGCAAUUCGAUUCAUGGAUAAACAAACUCGGUCCUGGGUUUACUCCGUCGGACGUCGAUGUAGCCUUGCAGGCCCAAUCCGACCCGGACCUGGCGCUCGACAUUUUCCGUUGGACAGGCCAGCAGCGAGGUUACAAGCAUAACCCCUUGACUUACCUCCGUAUCAUCCAAAUCGCCAUCCAUGGUAAGCGUUAUGGGGUUGCAGAAACCCUAAUGGAGGAGGUCAUUGCUGGGGCUUGCGCGCCCAGCCUCCCUUUGUACAAUUGCAUGAUUAAAUUCUGCUGCGGGCGUAAAUCCUUGUUCAAUAGAGCAUUUGAUAUCUACAAGAAAAUGUUGAAAUGUGAAGAUGCUAAGCCUUCUCUGGAAACCUACACGCUAUUACUGAAUACGCUUCUCCCUAAAUUUAAUCGGUUAAGGGUUUCCUAUGUGUAUUUACAUUCUGUGAGAUCAUUAGCUACUCAAAUGAAGGCCUGUGGUGUGAUUCCCGAUACUUAUGUUAUGAAUAUGAUUAUAAAGGCUUAUUCAAAAUGUCUUGAGGUCGAUGAAGCAAUUCGGGUAUUUCGUGAAAUGGGAUUAUAUGGAUGUGAACCGAAUGCAUACACAUACAGUUAUUUAGCCAAAGCAUUUUGUGAGAAGGGAAAAGUGGAUGCAGGACUCAGGUUCUAUAAAGACAUGAGGGAUAAAGAUUUCAUUCCUAAGGGGAGUACUUAUAUGAUCUUAAUAUGUAGUUUAGCGUUGGAGAGGAGGUUUGAGGAUGCUAUUGAUGUGGCCUUUGAUAUGCUGAAUAAUUCGAUGUCUCUUGAUUUACUGACUUAUAAAACUGUGUUGGAAGAGAUGUGUAGGGAUGGGAAAGGGGAUGAUGCAUUUGACCUUCUUGAAGAAUUCAAAAAGAGGGAUAGUUUCAUGAACGAGAAAACCCACAGAUCUUUGUUAAGCGUGUUACAUUUUUUAGGUGGACACUGAUGGGCUGCUGUCUUCUUGAAGCUCUGUAGCCCCAUUAAAUAUGUUAUCUCUUUUGGCCUAAUUUGGAUAAUAGGCUGACUCACUGGCCUGGUACAAAUACUAGCAAAAUUGGCCCAUCCAGUGCUAACAUUUUGUAACAUGUCAUUGUGCAUCAUGGCAAUUAUCAUCAUUAUAUUUCUCUCAUAUGCGAUUCAGAGUGCCAUAUUUUUAUAUGCACACCUUCAGU